CUGCCACCGAUUUGGAUAGUGAUGAUAUGCUGCGUGACCUUACCUAUACGCUGGACACACGUCGUCAUUUCCUCAUCAUCCAUGGCCAGGAAUAUUAUCAAAUCUUUGAAGUUGGCAAGAAAUAUCGUUUGGAAAUACUCUACGAUGGCACCAUGAAUGAAGAUCAUUUGGGCCUGUAUUGGUUGGCCUACCGUGAUGCCGGAAAUCAGGUCAUUUAUCAAGCGGCGACUCAGUUCGAACCCACUAGUGCAAGACUUGCACUUCCCUGCUAUGAUGAACCCGCAUUUAAAGCCAACUUUACAAUACGGAUAACUCACAGCAACAAAUAUUCGGCCAUUUCAAAUAUGCCCAUGAAAGAAGUGAUUCAUCACAAUGACAGUGAUUUAUCGACAACGAUCUUUUAUCCAACACCACCGAUAUCCACCUAUUUAGUGGCAUUUGUUGUAUCAAAUUUCGGUUAUAUCUCCAAGCGACAGGGUCAUGUCACGCAACGUGUUUUUACGCCGACAAUGUCGAAAAAUAAAGGCGAACAUCAGUUGGAAUUUGCCAUACGCACAGUGGCUGCCAUCGAAGAGUAUUUGGGUGUUGAUUACUCGCUGGAUAAAUUGGAUCAUGUGGCAUUGAAUAAAAACUAUGGUGCGGCAAUGGAAAAUUGGGGUCUCAUCACAUAUCGAGAAGAUUUUCUACUCUAUACGGAAAAUGAUUUGAGGCAUCGUUUUCGUGAUACCAUAACAAUUGUUCAUGAAAUUGUCCAUCAGUGGUUUGGUAAUUUGGUAUCACCGGAAUGGUGGUCCUACGCCUGGUUAAAUGAAGGAUUUGCCACAUACUUUUCACAUGUCAUUAUUAAUUUGCUUCACCCGGAAUUUAAACCAUUGGAAUAUUUCAUAAUGGACACUGCCUACAGGGCUUAUAGCUAUCACAAAUAUAGUGCACGCUGGCGUGCCAUGACUCAUUAUGUGGAAGAAGAAAAGGAAAUUGUGGAUAUUUUCGAUUUAAUCGGUUAUCAAAAAGCUGCCUGUGUAAUAAAAAUGUUCCAUCACGCCUUCGGCCAGCAGACAUUCCUGCGCGGCAUUCAACAGUAUUUAAGAAAAUAUCAGUAUUCGGUGGCUAAUGAAAUGGACUUGUUUGGAUGUUUACAAAAUGCCCUGGAACAAGAUGAGGCAUCGGCAGGCAAAACAUGGGUCCCCUUAGUGCCAGAGAUAAUGUAUUCGUGGACACACAGUAAACAAGUUCCGAUUAUAAAAGUGAUAAGGAACUAUGAGAAUAACACAAUAACCUUGGUGCAACAGCAACGUUCUCCGUAUGCAGAAAACCUAUGGAUUCCAUUGAAUUUUGCCUCGAAGUCAGAUCAUGAUUUUGAAAAUACAGCUGCGGAUUAUUUUAUGCCGCCGGUGGCGAAACAGGAGUUAAAUGUUUCCCAGCUGGGGAUACAAUUGGAACCGAAUGAUUGGUUGAUUGUUAAUAAGCAGCAAAGUGGGUUUUAUCAUGUCCUAUACGAUGAUGAGAAUUUGCGGAGAAUUGCCAAGGCAUUGCAGGACAAUCAUUUGGAUAUUCACCCCAUUAACCGGGCAGAUAUUUUCUAUUGCCUGCAACCGCUGUUGGAUCACAAUGAAGUGGAAAAUGUCGAUGUCAUAUUUGAGUUACUUAGCUACCUCAGCCAUGAAGAGGAUUUACUAGUGUGGAAUUUUGUCCAAGCCACCGUGGAACUGUUCGAACGUCAUUUGGAUAAUACCGCUUCGCAUGAACACUACAAACAAUUUGUACGAUAUUUGGUGAGGCCGAUCUAUUUGAAAUAUUUUCCCUCGAUACAUGAGGCCCGUCAGGCGUUGAGUGAAAAAACCGGUUCCGAACAUACAUCCCGCCAGAAUCUGCUGAAAAUGGCCUGCCAUGUUGAUCUUACCGAGUGUCUGGAUUAUGCACGACAAUUAGCAUUCGAUUAUAUUUUCGAACAAAUUGCAUUUGUCUCCUCGAAGGAAGACUACUAUGUGGUCACCGGAGAUGUUCUCUGUUAUGGCCUGAAAUAUCUAAGCGAUGAUGAGUUUAAAAAUGUCGUUGGUGUCCUUGAGGCCACAAAUCGUGAUACGAUGUUUUUCGAUGAUAUCAUUAUUGCAUUACGCUGUACCCAAAAUCCAUCGCAUAUUCGACAAUAUUUGGAUAUGAUUAUUGGGGUAAAUGCCAGCAACUUUAUUAUCAAUCCAAAUGAUUCGGCCUUGAAUGUCAAGCGGUUGUCCCGAGCCAAUGGUCGAUCACGUUCCAUUAUACGUCAAUAUAUUGCCAAUAAUUAUAAGAUUCUUAUGGAAUAUCCUUACUUUACGGAAAUUUUCAAUAUUAUGGCGGAAUAUGUACCCAGUACACAUAGUCAUCAGUUCCGUUCAUUCCAUGAGUUAAUAUCCCGAGAGCUGAAAUUAUUCUCGCAAACAGUGGAAUACAAUGCCCCGCUAAUAGAACCCAAUUCCAAAGAUGUUGGAAAACAAAUCAAAAUGACCGAAACAUUUUUGGAUAAAUUCGAACCUGACAUCUAUAAUUGGCUGUCGAAAAAUCAGCGACCCAUAUAUGCCGCCUCGGUGGCACCAAAUCGAAAUAGUGCGGCGCCAAAUCGUUUUGGUCCUGCGCUACGUUUAGCCGGAAAUCUCUAUAGAAAAUUAUUUAAAAAUACAAAUUAA